UUCACAUUACACCAAUUCUGCCUAAUCAAAUCUCAAUUAGCGCCCUUUCUACAGCAAUCAUAAAAACCCUCAAAAACCCAUUUCUCAACUCUUCUCCUUUCCCCCACCGAUCCAUUUUCUAUCAUUUCCUUCCUUCCUUCAAAUCCAGAAACAACUCUCACUACAAACCCCUUCACCAUGAUUUUAAGAUUACCCACUUCCAGAUUCGUCCUUCUCGCCUUCACCCUUCUCCUGUUAUUCGGAUUCUUCGCCAUUGUUAACUCAUCUGAGACCUACCCAGUUCACAAUGCCGACGAAGAUUUAGAGGGUCUCGAGGAAUUGUUGGCAUUGGAUGAAGAAGAGGAAAAUCAGCAGCAGGAUGGGGCUAAUUCGAGGACCUCAGAAGCAAAUGUAUUGAGUAAAGCACAGAGGAUAGUUCUUGAGCUUAGCAAUGAUAAUAGUGAGAGAGUCAUUGAACAAAAUGAGUACGUUUUGCUUCUGGGUUACGCUCCUUGGUGUGCUAGGAGUGCAGAGCUUAUGCCUCAAUUCGCUGAGGCAGCCAAUUCACUUAAGGAAUUGGGUAGCCCCAUUUUGAUGGCGAAGCUUGAUGCUGAUCGUUAUCCCAAGCCAGCCUCUGCCCUCCAAAUUAAGGGGUUCCCUACACUGCUUCUUUUUGUUAAUGGGACUUCUCAAGCUUACACUGGUGGAUUCACCGCGGAAGAGAUUGUGAUCUGGGUUCAGAAAAAGACUGGUGUGCCUGUUAUAAAUACAAACUCUCUGAACGAAGCUAAAGAAUUUCUUAAGAAGCACCACAUGUUUGUUGUUGGUCGGUUUGAGAAAUUUGAGGGACCUGCAUAUGAAGAGUUUUUGAAAGCAGCCUCUGAUGACAAUGAAUUCCAGUUUGUUGCGGCGAGCGACAUCGAAGCUGCAAAGAUUCUCUUCCCAGAUAUUAAACCCUCGAACAAUUUCCUUGGACUGGUUAAGGAUGAGGAGGAAAGAUAUACAACAUAUGAAGGAACCUUUGAAAGGGAAAAGAUAUUACAUUUUUUGGAGCACAACAAGUUUCCAUUAGUCACUAAACUCGCAGAAAUGAAUUCUAUUCGAGUUUACUCAAGCCCUGUUAAACGCCAGGUUCUCAUUUUUGCUGAUGAUGAUGAACUCCAUAACCUUCUUGAGCCCCUUCAGAAUGUUGCCAAAAAGUUCAAGUCAAAGGUGAUGUUUAUCUCCAUCGACAUUGCCAAUGAAAAUCUUGCAAAGCCCUUCUUGUCAUUAUUUGGUCUAGAAGACUCAGAUAGAACAGUGGUUGCUGCUUUUGACAACGGAAUGAGCUCAAAGUUUUUGUUAGAGUCAGAUCCGAGUCCAAGCAACAUAGAGGAGUUUGCUAGAGGCCUUUAUGAUGGUACUCUGUCUCCGUACUUCAGAUCACAGUCAAUACCAAAUAAUGAUGGAGCAAGCAUUGAAGUAGUAGUUGGAAGGACAUUUGAUGAAUUGGUUUUGAAGAAUCCCAACAACGUUUUUUUGGAGGUGCAUACCCCAUGGUGCAUUACCUGUGAGACAACAACCAAGAAUGUGGAGAAGUUGGCCAAGCAUUUCAAAGAUUUUGAUAACAUUGUUUUUGCCAGAAUUGAUGCUUCCGCAAAUGAACAUCCAAAACUACAAGUAGAUGAUUACCCAACCCUCUUGUUUUACCCUGCAGCAGAUAAAUCGAAUCCGAUUAAGCUUUCGAGCAAGGGAAGUUUGAAGGAUUUGGCUAAAAACGUUUCAAAAUUGGUGAAAUCUGAAGAGCAUGCCAGUAGCAAAGAUGAAUUAUAGAAUACAAGGUUUUAGAGUUGAGACAAAGGAAAUUGGAUUUUAAGAAACUUUCUGAGGUCUCAGGUAAAGAUACAGAGGCAGAGGCAGAGGCAGAGGGCAUACACAAUUGUUGGAAUUUUAAUUUAUAAUAAUAUUACAUUUUCUUAUUUUAAUGUAAGGUUUUACUAAUCUACGAUUCAUGUAAAACACACAUCAAUGUUAAUCAUGAUUUGUUACUGCCUAUCACUAAUGUUUACUAAAUCUUCUUCUUAUAUUACAAGUACAUCAUUGCCCUA